AUGUCGUUAGAACGUUUUAAUUUUAAUACAUUCGACAAUAACACAGAAGAUUGGGAAUACUAUAUACAAAGAUUUGAAAUAGAACUGCAACUCCAUGGCCUCGACGGAAGAUCCCCAGAUUGCAAUAACAAGAGGAAACAAUUACUUCUCUCCCGAGUUGGUUCAACAGCAUUCAAGAUACUUGUGGAUUAUUUUCGCCCAUCUGCAGUAACGUCAAAAACCUACGAUGAACUUGUCAAAGUACUUCAUGAAUAUUACGGCAAAAAACGGUAUGUCCUUUCCGAACGAGUAUCUUUUGCAACAAGAUAUAGAAAUGAAAACGAAACGAUUUCACAAUUCAUAUUACAACUUCGUUCACUCGCCGGGUACUGUGAAUUUGGUAACACACUAGAAGAACGUAUUAGAGAUCAAUUAGUAAUUGGUAUUAAUAAUAUUGUAUGGCAACAAGAACUUAUAAAAGAACACCCAACAAACGAUUCCAAACUCGCUGAUGUUAUAGCUACAUUGAACAAACUAGAACAAGCAGAAAUCCAGAGCCAACGUAUAACAAACACCACUACCAUUGAAACAACUGCCGAAUUACAAGCCGUAAACAAAAUCAAUACUCGAACCAGCAAGAGAUCUGUAAAAGAAACGCCAAAUUCAUCAAAAAAAUGUAUAUUCUGUGGGGGAAAUUUUCACCAAAACAUAAACGAAUGUCCUGCAAAAGGGAAGAGAUGCAAUGCUUGCAACAAAUUGAACCACUUCUCAAACGUUUGCAUAAGUAGUGGCCGUCUUAAAAUCAAUAAAUAUAAUACAAGGCAUAUUGCUUUCAAAAAACAAUCAAAUCUCAAUGAUAGUGAGAAUGAAAAUUCAGGGGAUGAGAGCAUACAUACCUGUACAAUUAAGUUCCCAAAUUCGGUUAGCAAAAUUAUGAUAUCAACAGAACUCAACAAUAAGUUAGUUGAAAUGUUAUAUGAUCCUGGAGCUGUACGCUCCGUCAUUGGUAAAAGACUUUGGGAAACAAUUGGACGGCCAUCAUUAAAAACAUGUAAGAAUCUUGUUGCCUAUACUGACGUUAAGAUUGAAACGUUAGGGGUUUGUGACAUUUCCGUGAAGGCUUUUAACACAGUGAAAGUAUUGUCGGCUUAUGUGACACAACAUAAUGACCUGCCAUUAUUUGGCUUAGAUUGGUGUCUACAAUUCAACUUGCCUAUGCCACCUGGUGCCCGUCUGUGCAACAUUAAGGAACCCACAACAAAAACGAAGUCCGAUAUGAACACCAAAGAUAGCUAUGAGAUUGACCUCAUUCUAAAAGAUUUUGAAACAUUGUGUGACGGAAAGUUGGGAACAAUUAACUGUCAUAGCGCGAAAAUCCAUAUCCCCAGUAAUAUACGACCGAAGGCAUUCCGGCCGCGACCAGUUCCUCUCGCAUUACAAGAACAAGUCAAUGAGGAGCUGAAGCGUUUAGUACGUGAGGGGGUCUUAGAACAAAUAGACACCAUGGCAACGCCGAUUGAGUGGGCAUCACCCAUAGUUAUUGCGAUAAAAUCAAAUGGAAACGUACGCAUCUGUGCUGAUUUCAAGGUAACAAUCAAUCAAUACGUACAAGUAGAUGAUUACCCACUACCGAGAUUUGAAGAAAUUACCUCAAAACUAGCAGGAGGACAAUUAUUCACUAAAAUAGACCUUAAAGAUGCCUAUCUCCAACUAUUGGUACAUCCAGAGUCUAGAAGGUACUUAACCAUCUCAACACACAAAGGUUACUUCCAGUAUAAACGAUUACCCUUUGGUAUAUCUUUUGCACCAGCAGUUUUCCAAAGAAUCAUGCACCAAAUCCUAAGUGGGUUGGAUGGAGUUGUAUGCUACCUCGAUGACAUAUUAAUUACAGCUGGUACUCGUCAAGAACACAUAAAACGAGUCAGAACAGUAUUACAAAGGCUACAAGAAGCAGGUAUCAAAAGUCAAAUUUCCAAAUGUUCUUGGUUACAGGAAAGUGUGACUUUUCUCGGUCAUAAAAUUGACAAAAAUGGGUUACAUCCAACAUCAGAACGAGUUGAAGCCAUCAAGAAGAUGCCUACUCCAACCAACGUAGCUGAAUUACGAUCCUUUUUGGGUUCUAUUACGUAUUAUGGUAGAUUUAUUGAUAAUUUACAUGUUAGAUGCGCUCCCUUGUAUCGCCACUUAAAAAAGAAUCAAAAGUGGGAGUGGACCAUCGAGGACACGCAAAUAACAAACGAUCUGAAAAACACUCUGACAUCGAAUGAAACCCUUGCUCACUAUGAUGAGAGUAAACCCAUCUACGUCAGCAGUGACGCUUCCGAUAAGGGAGUUGGUGCAGUCCUUUUUCAUAAAAUAGACAAUACAAUGCGACCCGUCGCUUUUGCUUCCAGAACAUUAUCUGAAACGGAACGUAGAUACUCAACAAUCGAUAAAGAAGCAUUAGGUAUUGUCUACUCAGUAACAAAGUUCCACCAAUAUCUCUAUGGUCGGAAAUUUACUUUUUUAACGGAUCACAAACCUCUCGAACGUAUUUUUAGCCAAGAUAGAGAGACACCUAAAAUUGCAAGCAAUCGCCUGCUUAGAUGGGCCAUGAUUCUGAAUAGUUACGAAUAUACUAUUAACUACCAUUCAGCCAAGGAAAAUAGCCCAGCUGAUGUAUUAUCAAGACUGCCACUACCUAAUUGUGAUACAACAAUAGAAGAACGAAUAGGAUUGCCGAAAUUUUCACAUCUCCUACACCUUAGACUAAGUAACAUACCUGUAACAAAACAUGAGCUCAGAAAAGAAACACGUAGCGAUACAAACCUUAACAAAAUUAAACAAUAUCUAACGAACCACUGGCCAGAAAAGAAAGAACUAUCAAACGAUAUGCAUACAUAUUACGAAAAAAGAGAACAAAUGUCAUUUGAAGAUGGAAUAAUUUUGUGGAAUGGAAGAUUAUGUAUACCCAAGAAGUUACAGCCUGCUAUGCUUGAAAUGUUACACGACGGACAUAACGGCGUCAAUGCUAUGCAGUCACUAGCGAGACUGCAUGUUUAUUGGCCAAACAUAGACAAAGACAUCCAGAAUUUCUUAAAACGGUGCACACUCUGUCAAGCUUCAAGGAGUAAUACUAAUGCUGCGCCAGUGUAUCCUUGGGGAGUACCACCAGAACCGUGGUAUAGGUUACAUAUAGAUUUUGCGGGCCCAUUUUUUGGAUAUAUGUGGCUCAUAGUAAUAGACGCCUAUACAAAAUGGCUAGAGAUUAUACCAAUGAAAUCAACAACAUCGAGAUCAACAAUAUCUCAUCUAGAUACUAUAUUCGCAACAUUUGGCGUGCCCAAAUAUAUCGUUACCGAUAAUGGUCCUCAAUUUAUAUCUGACGAGUUUAAAACUCACUGUCAAAAUAUUGGUAUAACACACAUUAGAACGACCCCAUACCACCCUAGAACAAAUGGAUUAGCAGAACGUGCUGUUCGUACAUUUAAAGAACGUUUGUUAGCUUCGGACAAGAGUAUCGAUUUGCAUGAACGACUUAGCAGGAUCCUUCAAGCUUAUAGGAACACAACCCGUCGAUCAACAAACCGAACUCCUUUUGAAGCAAUGUUUGGAAGGCCAAUGCGUACUACCUUCGAUUUAUUAAAACCAAACAUACAAGAUGACUUAGAACGGAUGAGGCUGUAUAAAGAAAUAAGACCAACACAGAAGGUAGUCGUUCCGCCAACAUACAAACACGGAGAUAAAGUUUGGGUAAAUAAACCCACAGGGAAGGGAUCUGAUGCAGGUAUAAUAAUAAAAUGCAACGGACCAUACUCCUAUGAGGUACAGUUUUCGAACGGAGUCCAACAACGCAAACAUUCCGAUCAUUUACGCCCAAGACUAUCUAGCAGUCAAGAUGGCAUUCCAGCAUAUACUCACUAUCAACGAAUCACAGAUAGAGAAGCUCGACUACAACAUAGUGGUGAUUGUGGAAGACAAUCAUCACCAGUACCCUCUACCAGCAGGCAACACCCUGAAGGUUCAACACCACAUGAUGGUAUUUUUGUUGCCACCUCAGCAUCGAGAAACGAUGAAAUUACCCCUACUGAUCCGCGGCCACAGUUACUACGUCGCUCACUACGCCAGCGGAAAAUACCAGCACGUUACGGUUUCUAA